AUUUAAAAAGGAAUGACAAGUAUUUGCGAACAUAUUAAUGAAUAACACAUCACAUGGUCAGUAUAGGGACAGAUGAUAUAUAAGGAUCAGUGUACAAGGUGUUUUAUGGAAGCUAAAAGUGAUAAUGGUAUAUAAGUGUGUUUGAAAUGUUUUAAUGGAGGUUGUAUUGAGAUGCAUAGUCCAUAACAUAGUGAUCAACAUAAUCAUUAUAUUGUUUUGAAUAUCCGAUUAUAUGAAGUAGAAUAGCCAAAAUAAAAAGUGGAAGACAUCAAUAAAUUAGUAAUAGCAGAUAUUCCAUAAUUGGAGAGUGAAACAAGUGUGACUUGUUUAUAAUGUUAGAAAACAUUGAAUUCUCCUGAAUUGGAUGGAUUAGUUUAAUCAAUAAAACAAGCUAAUUCGGCAUUUUAAAGAUAAGCAAUAGCAUAAUGGGAACAUACAGCAUAACCAUGUGAACAUACAUUAACAAUGGAGUAGAUGCCAUUGGUUGAAAAGAAUUUAUAAAAGUGCAGAAGCUGUCAUUUAUCAUCUAAUUUAUGGUUAUGUUUAUAUUGUGGACAUGUUGGUUGUGGUAGAAAAAUGUAUGAUGGAUCAGGAGGUAAUAAUCAUGCAGUUGAUCAUUCAAAAGAUUAUUAGCAUCAUUUAGUUGUAAAAUUGGGAACUAUUACAUCUGAUGGUAAAGGUGAUGUAUUUUGUUACAAAUGUGAUGAUGAAGUAAUAGAUAACUUUCUUAAAGAACAUUUAGCUACAUAUGGUAUUGAAAUAGAAAAACAAGUAAAAACAGAAAAAACUAUAGCUGAAUUAACACUAGAUGCUAAUUUAACUUUAUAAUUGAGUAAAUUGAUAGAGGAAGGAUAGGUAUUAGAUCCUAUAUUUGGACCUGAAUUUACAGGAAUAGAUAAUAUUGGAAAUACUUGUUAUAUGAAUUCAGUAGUUUAAGUAUUCUUUAGUAUUCCAGAAUUUUAAUAAUUAUAUUCAUUAGAACAUCAAUUCAAUUGUACUAAAUUACCAUACAAUUGUAUAUUAUGUUAAAUUAGUAAAGUUAAUCAUGGAUUAAAUAGUGGUGAGUUUUCAAUAAAGAAAGUAUCUAAAUCUCCAUUGGAUACUGAAGGAGCUUAAAAGGAUUUUUAUUAGGAUGGUAUAAGAUUAUAUGAUUUCAAAUAAUUGGUAGCUAAAGGAAAUUAACAUUUCUUAUCUAAUCAUUAAUAAGAUGCGUUAGAAUAUUGGUAGUUAUUGAAUGGAUUCUUUUAGAAAACAGAGAAAUAGUAUAAAUUGUAAUAAUUAUCUUCUAUUUUUUCAUAUGAUUAAACAACAAUUUUAAAAUGUGUGAAUUGUGGAGGACAUAAAGUGAAUGUUGUUAAGAAUUAAGAAUUUAAAGUACCAGUAGAAUAACCAACUUAAGAUUAGAUAGAGCUUUAUCAUGUUUAGGAGAAAUAGAAAUAUGAAGAAAGAAUUAAGACUAUGAAACCAGAAGAUAUUAAACCAUUUUAAUUAAAUGAUUUACCUGAAUAUGAUACAACAUUUGAAAAAUGUUUGUAAUUAGUAAAAGAAGGAGAAAGAGUGGAUAUGUUUUGUCCGAAAUGUUAAUCUCUUUAAUUAUUUGUAAAAUAAGAAUACUUUAAGACAUUUCCAAAAUAUCUGUUUGUACCAGUAAUAAGAUUUGUAUAAGAGAAUUGGGUACCUAAGAAAUUGAAUGCUUCAAUAAAGAUUCAAUAAUUCUAUGAUUUUAAUGAAUUCAAAGAACCUUAACUCUAAGAGGAUGAUGCUUUGAAAGAUUAGUAAGCAUAGGAAUAUACAGAAGAUAAUUUAUAAACUUUAAUGGGAAUGGGAUUUGGUGAGAAUAGAUGUAAAAGAGCACUAAUAAAGUUUAAGAAUGAUGUAGAAUAAGCGAUGAUGUUUAUAAUGGAAUCAUUGGAUGAUCCAACUUAAGAUUAACCAUUAUAAUAGAAAUAAUAGGGUCAAUAAAUAAGUGAAGAGUAUGUAGAAUAAAUAGUAGUAAUGGGAUUCAGUCCAGAAUAGGCCAGAUUUGCAUUAUCUAAGACAGUAUAAAUAUAUAUUGAUUAAAAUAAAAGGAUAAUAAUCUGGAAAGAGCAAUGGAUUAUAUAUUUAAUCAUGAUUUAGAAUUAGAAAUGAGCCAAACAGCCCAAAAAUAGGAAUAAUAAUAAUAGUAGAAAUAAGAUCAAUAUGAAAAUCAGACAUCUAAAUAUGAAUUAUUUGGUAUCAAUCCUAUUAAAUUAUUUAGCUUGUAUUGUUCAUUUAGGAAAGUCUGUUCAUUGUGGACAUUAUGUAUCUUACAUAAAAAAGAAUGGAGAAUGGAUCUUAUACAAUGAUUCUAAAGUAGCCAAAUCAGCAGAGCCUGCUUUAAAUAAGGGUUACAUGUAUAUCUUUAGAAGAUUAGAUUGAAUAAGAAUGGUUAGCAUGAUC